CAGACUGUAUGGAUGUGACUGAGGUAUGCUUCAGAUCUGAUUCACAUUAAUACAGAAAAACAGAUGUGUGUUACUUCAUUCUGCUGCUGUUACUCCAGUCUGUUCAGAGGAAACACAGUGACUGGGACAUGGUGAAGGGUAAAUCUGUUCACACUGGAGAAACCAUGACCAACUUUUCUUACAUCUGCAUUGUGUGGAUCAGUGUCUGUGUGGACACAUUUUUUGCAGAACCUGAGAUCAGUGUAUCUGGCCCAGUGGGUUCUACAGCUGUGCUGCCGUGUGAACUGAUAAGUGUAGACACUGACAUACGGUAUAUUAAGUGGGGCGUUGUUCAUGAGAUUGUGUUUGAGAGAUUGCAUGAGAAGACCUUUCAAGGUAAGGGAUAUGAUGGUCGUGUGGACGUUCCUGAGGAGGAGUUGCGUAAGGGGAACUGUUCACUGGUGUUACACAAUCUGAGGUUGACUGAUGAAGGAGUCUACACCAGCUUCAAAGCAGCAGAACCCAGUGGGGAAUCUCUCCGUAUUACUGCAAAAGAACUCCUGAUCAGCCGUGUUAAACUUUCAGUCUAUGGUGAAGAUAGAGGAAAAUCAUCAGCUCCCACAGGUGAUGCAGUAAUGAAGAGUCCUCACCCACUGGUCCUGGUCCUGUCCCUCGUCUCAUGUUUACUCGUCCAGCUCUUCUGUGGAGAAACAUGAGUGUGACCUACAGCUGUGUACAGG